AUGUCUAUAACUUUACAAUUAUUUACCUUUUUUAUUAAUUGGGGUCUGCAUUAUCCUAUCUAUCCUGUAGGUGAUGGCUUAUUAUCUUAAAUUAACCCAGAUUGUGUGUUCUUACAGCAAUACCUCUUGCAAAAAAUUAAUAGGCAAUCUUUAGACCAUUUAUAAGGAAAAAAACAAAAUAAAAUUAACAAGAGUAAAAACAUAUUUUGUUUGUGUAAUAGCUACUUUGAAUUUUGGCUGAGUUACAUAUUAUAUCCUCUGUUUGAGAUCCUAGUAAUCUUCAGAAAAAUCAAUCUUUUGAACACAACUUUAAAUGAACUGAAAUCUGGCCCACUGUGGAGUCAUUCUGAUGUAGUAAGAUGGGAUGCAGAACCUUAUCUCAGUGUAGGAAAAAUGACGAUGGAGAGACGACUGUUGUUGUUGAAAAGGACCAUUUUAUGGAUGAUUUCUUCCACCAGGUGGAGGAGAUCAGGAAUGGCAUAGCCAAAGUAGCUCAGUAUGUGGAAGAUGUGAAGAAAAACCAUAGCAUCAUUCUCUCUGCUCCAAACCCAGAAGGAAAAAUAAAAGAUGAGCUUGAAGAUCUGAACAAAGAAAUCAAGAAAACUGCUAACAGAAUUCGAGCCAAGUUAAAGUCCAUUGAGCAAAGUUUUGAUCAGGAUGAAAGUGGGAAUCGAACAUCUGUGGAUCUUCGGAUACGAAAAACCCAGCAUUCUGUACUGUCUAGAAAAUUUGUGGAAGUCAUGACAGAGUACAACGAAGCUCAGACUUUGUUUCGGGAGCGAAGCAAAGGACGCAUUCAGCGCCAGUUGGAAAUAACCGGGAGGACCACCACAGACGAGGAGCUGGAGGAGAUGCUGGAGAGUGGAAAGCCGUCCAUCUUCACCUCGGAUAUUAUAUCAGAUUCACAAAUUACUAGACAAGCUCUGAAUGAGAUUGAGUCACGCCACAAGGACAUCAUGAAGCUGGAGACCAGCAUCCGGGAGCUGCACGAAAUGUUUAUGGAUAUGGCCAUGUUUGUGGAGACCCAGGGUGAAAUGAUCAACAACAUAGAGAAAAACGUGACGAAUGCUGCAGACUAUGUGGAACAUGCUAAAGAGGAGACCAAGAAAGCCCUUAAAUACCACAGCAAAGCCAGAAGGCAACAACAUUGUCAUAGCAACCACAUCCCAGGAGCUGUUUAUCCUUGGAGACUGAGCACGUCUUCAACAAAGUCUGCCUCCUCUCUGCUCUGAGUGACUCUCAGACCCUGUACUGUGCUGGGUGCUGGCUUCUUCCUGGUGAAGCCAGGAGACAGGCACAGUGGGACGUCGUGUGCUGAAAACACCUGCGCCCAAGGGUGUGACGCAGGCCACACAGCCUUGGGCUCCAGAUGGUACACCGCAGAGUUGACAGUGUGAUGCUUGCUUCAGUGGCCUUGAAAUAAGGAAUUAUUGACAAUUUCAAUUCUUAAGAUAUGCAGUGUUGAGAAUGCAGGUCAAGUUUAAUUAGGGUUACUCCAUGUUACGAAGCGUUAGAUUAUUCUCCCCUUCUCCCAGGUAACGUUUAUUAAUUAAGAGGCUUUUUGUACUAUAUGUGUUGAUGUCCUGUUUACAGAAAUAAUUUUUAUUAUCACAGAGUUGUUUUGUAAGAUUUCUAUAAUUUUAAAUGCUUAAUAUAUUAACAUCUUCAUUUACCGCAUUUUUAUAUGUUAAAUAUUCCCACAUGAAGGAAAUUGGAAGCGUCAUAAUCUGGGGCCAUCUUUCAAUGGCUGUGUGCUGAGUUGCUGUUACCACAGCAAAUGUAGGCAUCAGAGCCUUCCUGCCUCUCAGGUGCCUUCUGUGGGUCUUGACUUGGGGAGUGUGAUAUGCCUGCUGCCCUCCAGGAAAGUCGGACUGUGUAGUUAGCUCAUUUCUACCUGUUCCAGGACUCACAGGAAUAAAUUAUUAGUUACUGCAUUGUAAAGACAGUGGUCUCUUCUUUGUUCAUUAAAGGUAAGGGUUGUGUUUCCCUGACUGUAUUGAUGGUGUCUGAAUUUAAGACAGUGAUGUGACUGAAAUUUAGCCACUCUCAAUACUCAAAAGAGAUUAUUCCUAGACAUUGAGAAAUUCUCAUAAAUAUAAAUGUACAAAUCAUAAAUGUGUAAAUCACUUAGAGCCUUCCCCCCCCACACUUAAAGUGUCAGGGGUGCUUUACCACUGAGCCACAUCCCCAGUCCUUUGUAUUUUGAGUCAGGGUCUUGCUAAGUUGCAUAGGGCCUUGUUAAGUUGCUGAGGCUGGUCUCAAACUUGCAGUCAUUCCUGCAUUAGCUCCUGAGUUGCUGGGAUCAAAAGGGGUGCGUCACCACGCCUGGCCUUAAAUGCUCUUAAGUGCCUGAUAGUCUGUGGAACUCUCCAAGUUAAUUUUCAAAGAAAACUGUUUAAAACUUUGAUGCUUAAACAGUUUUCUUGCUUAUUAAUGUUUGAGUAGGAUGGCUGAGUGGGUGAAUGGACAGCUAUUGAGGUAGGAGCCAGUCCUGGGCACAUGAAGAUGCCCAGUGUCUGGGCAGCUUCAUGCUCUGAGAGCAUAUGAGCCCUGACUGUCCCUUGGUGUUGUUGUGUCUGACCUGAGAUAGACGUGCUGAUUCUGUCACCAAGUGUGAGUGCUGCCCCUGAUUGCCCAGCAGGGAGCUCCCUGUUCACCCACGCACACCGUCCAGCCUCAGGCUCUGGCUUCUGUCUUUCCUCACCGUAGACCUCCUAGCACCCAGGUGCCUUGGGAUUCUGACUCUACUCUGUGCUGGUCUUGGGGCAGCUGCUGCAAGAGACACCCUACCCGGCUAGAGGUGCUGCCACCCCUGUGUGGGGGUGUCCAAGCCCACCCUGGACACCUCUCCACUCUUAUGCCCUGUCCCUCUGAGCAGCCUCAGCCCUCGCCUCCCUCCUGCCGUGGCCGUGUCUUCUGGUGGCGGGCGGGCUCCUGGGAUUGUGCACAUGCUCUUUGAUUUGUACUUUGGAUGUUUAAGUCCUUUUCAGGGGACACAUUUACAUGCCUAGGUCUCCUGUCCCUAUUUGGAAUCAGAGUUUUAAAAAUACAUUUGCAGAUUAACUUUUUAAUCAUUAAAAAAAAUACCUUGUGUUUACAUUUAAGAAUUUCUUAGGAGCUAAAAGAAAUACUCAACCUCUGUCUUAUGAUUCCUGGAAAGAUUUUUGGGAGAUAUUUUGUUGUAUGUCCAUUAAUAAAUUGUUCUUCUAACACUGUUA